CGCGCGAACCAAAAGGUAUUAAUCGCCGCCGUUGCCGCGUCCAAACACCAUAGAAAAAAUCAAGCCGGGCCAAAACUCCCAGUUGCUUUUUUUUAUUGUGACCCGCGUGUGCGAACCGUCCACCACGUUCUUCAGGUGCCAUAAUUCUUCAGGGAUGCCAUGAUGAGUGGUUAAGGGAGGCAUUUUUUUCUAUUGGUUGGUGCGCGUAUUAGUGACAUCACGGUGACUCGAGACUGCACGCAAAGGGGUGUUAUUAAUGGAUAUAACAUGUUCACGGCAAGUUUCGGAAACGUAAGUGCUCGAAAACAUUGGGUUCCGACUGGUGGAGGGUUAAUUUUAGUAAGAAAAGAGAUGAAACACGAGUAAUGUCAAGAUGGCGGCAACCGACGGUCAGAUCACAGUGGCUGCUGCCCGAUGGGCGGACGAGGGAAACUAUCUGCGCGAAUACGUCACCAAGUACCAGCUGCCAGCGGUCGUGAAAAUCAUCAAGGGCCAAUAUGGCGGUCUCGGCGUACCUACGUUGCCGAGUCCCGGCCUGCAUUCGACCGCCAUGCUAGUCUCCGCAGGCCGGAGACAAAAGAUUAUCGCGCAGGCCGUCAAAAUCAAAGAGGGGCGGAGACUGGUGUGCGUGGGGCCUAGAUUGACAAUUCCCGAAUCGUACUCGGGCUACUUCGAGCUGCUGAGCGAGGAAGGUCGGGCGGUUCGGUGCAUCGAAAGCGUCGCCGAAUUGGCGAGACGCAAACCCGAAGAGGGUUGCUUAGUGAGAGAGACGAUUAGAGGAGUACAAGCCAAGACUGAACUGGAUGGUUCCGUAGUACCGGAAGGUGCCCGGACCAUUCCCGCGGGUGAAAUACUAGUCCCCACCGGCGAAGCCGUUUUGCCAGGAUCCAAAGGACGAUACCUCAAGUGUUUGGACACGCGAGGCGACACGAUUCUAUUGGGUCUCGAGCAGCGCGGGAAAUUCUCGGCGCUGGCGCGCGAAGACAACAUCAGUGGCGUGCACACCGCGCGGAACUUACUCAGCAAACGACUACCCCUCACGGUGCGUCUCGUGCACGGCACUGGCCCGCGAGGCCUGAAGAGUCCCAGUCAUUUUGUGCCAGAACUUAGGUUAUUGUCGGUAUACGAGGAGGAACACGUCUUCGCGUUGCCGCUUCAAAAGGACGUCCAAACCGUGACGGCUCUCCCGCUGGCGGCGCCACUGAAACUACUGCGGACGCGUAACGACGACCAGCUGCGGAACAUGGCGGAGUUCACGCGAUUGGUGGAAAAAUGCACCAAAUUAGUAGCGGAUGUCGCCGAUAGGAUACAGGUGCUGGAUGGAAAACUAAGCGAGUCGAAAAAACAGUCUCCUACCCAGCCGGUGGCUGAACCGAAAAACGGCUUCGCUCUGCGUCGUAGCGCGUCAUCGGAUUCGGCCAAUCACAGAACGAAGCACUCGCACCACCAUCGGAAAGACGAGAACCGAAUUCCCGUCUACAGCAAAGACUACGACGAAAUCGACCAGAUCUACGACUACGUCAGAGGCUUCGCUCCUCUCCCGAAAAACAUCCGCGCGCCGUUCACCGACCCAUCGCCGUCAUUGACGUCACACAGUUCCGCUCCUCCCCAUUCGACCCCACCGGAUCUCACAAAACCGGAACCACCCCCUAUCGAGACGAUCCCGACAAAAAAAUUGCAAGCUGAAAAACGGAAUCGAAAAUCGGCGUCGUCGACGAUCAGGGAGGCACCCCAAAAAGUCCACCAGAUCCAGAAGACACCUCCAGGUCUACCGAAGCUAUACGUAAAGAACGGGCACUCGCAACGUAGCCGACUGCUAAGGCAGAAGAGCGCGUCGCCGAUGAAAGAGACUCCACCUAGUCCAAUUUCCAAGUCCGGCUCGCCAUUGUUCAACAUACGGUAUAAGUCGUUGAACAAUCUACAGCAGGCUAUGGAGCUAGACGGAACUUUAGACUCGAGCAACUCCGGCGGACGUGCUUCGGGCGAUUCAGGUGGCGUUGCUAAACAACCGGAGAAGAGAUCGAGGAAAAUUUCACGACCUCGCAGUCUGACCAACCUCGUGUGGGAGAUCAGAGAACACCCGGAUAUCUCAAUGCCGCCGGUGAUCACUGACAAGCCGAAAAAAAUCGUCGACCCGGCCGCCAUAGUGUACGCGUACAAGAAACACUUCAAGCACUCGUUGAACGAGCAGAGGAACAGAGGUACUCUUUAUUUGUAAACUUAGAGUUUUUCAAGUGGUGGCGAUAUUCGGGUGGGACGUUCGGUUCUAUCAGUCCGAGUGACUUUGAAGGUCAUUUGCAAGAAAAAUUAGUUUUUACUAUGACUUACUUAUGGCCAAUGGGCAUUAUGUUUGCGCACUCUUUACCUACCGAUUUGGUGGAAUUGUUUAUUUUCUACCACCGCAGAUUCGAUACUGGUAAGGAUAACGCGUAGAUAUGGAAAAAUGUGAAGUAUAGAUUACGUUUUUCAUCUCUCUCCAAAUAAGCAUUGACAACUACAUAGUUUCAGCACGUAAAGGCUGACCCUUUUCAUUCGUACUAAAAAUAUUAUAAUAGAUGAGACGAAAAAAAAACAUUGGUUGCCAUAUAAAUCGAAAACUACGAAAUAAAACACGAAAAUGUUGAGACGGUGCCAUCUACGGAAAUUACUAAUAAUUCACCGUAGGUUUACUAGAUUGUAUAUCAAAAAUAAUUAAUACAUCACUAUAAUAAUUUAAAUACAGUUGUGAAAGAGUGAAAGAGACGAUUAAAAAUAUAAAUCCAAAACUACGGAACAAAACACGACCGCAGAAAAUGAAUUCCCUACUUCCUUGGCAAGGUAAUAAGAAAUUGUUCCACAUGUUCGCCCCUUACCAGAAUCGGGUCUUCUUCGGGGAGGGAGGAAAAUGGUUUUCGGGACUGCUAAAACCGAACGACCCCCCCACCACCCCCUACCACCUUACUAGUACCGUCGCCAGUCGCUGACGACACAUGAUUUUUCGCUAUUUGUGAUUUUACGUAUAAUGUGUAACUUUUAAAAAAGUAAUUUUCCGUUUUUUUUUAUUAAUUGAGACUUGUGAUUUGUAGGUUUAGGGUUUUUGUUUGUAUUUUUAUCGGAGUGCGUUGGCAGUACUGUUCCGCUUGAAGUUACAAUAAUGGAACCACACGAAUGUGUUGAAGUACCGGCGGAAUUUAUUUGAGGUUUUUAUUAAUUAAAUUUUAUUAAAGUGAUUGGUUUAUACAUAAACUAUGGGUCGGAAAAAAAAACAUGAGAGGCCUAGGGGCAAUGUUUAUUUGUCGGCAAAGCAGAAGCGUGCCAUUUUAUAGUUCGAAAAUGUUAAGUCCGCCGCUGGUCAAAUUAGAUCCUUUUAGUUUGUUAAAGUUGGAUGUCACUUCCCAAACAAUGUUUCUAUGGGGAUAUUUUUAUUUUUUUGCACAAAAAUUACAUAUUUUAAAGAAAUUUCCAUGAAAGAGCAAUCUUGAUAGUAAAAAAAAUACUGGUUUUGGAGUUAUUUGUGGUUUUAGCAAGUAAUGCUGGCCGAAUUAAUAUAUUAUUUUAUGUAAGAAAAUAAGGUAAUUGUGAUUGGUUCAUAAACAGCUAGAAAAUGAAAAAAAUGGUUAUGAUUUUGAACUUAAAUUUCAGAAAUUAUGCACAUAACGAUUUUUUAGACCCCUUUCAUAGGCAUUUUCGGGCACAUCUAUUAAUCUAGGGUUAUUUUUUAAUAUGCUUACGAUGGAGUAUAACUUACAUAAAUUCCUCUCAUUAUAUACGCCUCUGACGCCGUAAAUACUCGAGCAUGCACAUUAAUUUCACACAGUACUUCGCAAUUUUAAUAUUUUGUACAGAAUUUUAUUUUGAACACACUUUCUUUAUGGGCUAUUUUUAGGUCCUGCACAAAAAUUAAAAAUUUCGAAACAAUUUGAUAUAAAAAGUCAAAAAUUACUGUUGAGGAGUUUUUCUGGUCUAAAUUUAUUAUGAUUUUUUUGUGCCCUCGUCUCUUUUGGCACUUUCGGACACAUUUAUUAAUGAAACUAAUGUUAUUUGAUAGUAUUCUAUUUAUCCUUGAAAGUAACUGAACGUUUUUUGAAACACCCUAUACUUUAAAUUGGAUGAAAGAUAACCCAGACCCAUAAUUUAGAAAUCAAAUUUCAUUUGGUUUUUGAGAUCUAUCAAUGGAGCUAAUUUGGUUCACCGAGCCGGAAACACCCUGUAUAUAGUGGAAUAAAUUUCCUAUCGGUCUGACCAAAUAGGAAAUCUAAACGAACUUUUUGCCGUCGUUUCUGAGCAUCGAGCAUCGUUCACGUAGAGUCCCAGCCCGGCAUGGCAGGCGAAUUGACAUAAAAAUCGUAUAGGAGAAACAAUUUGCCACCGUGCGUACCGUGUAGGAAUAAUAAACGUAAAUUCAUUAUGUCCAGCACGUACUACGAGGACGACUCGACGAUCGAGUCCAAAGACCCCGGCCAGUUCCUGCCUUCGGUCGGCUGAUGGUAUACUAUAAUAGUACGCGCGUGCAAUACGUGCGUUUGUCCGUUUUUCGUCUUUGCGUUGGCCGAUUUGGGGUAUAGACCAUAGAAUCCCUAGUAAAUAUCGGAACGCGAAUUAACCAAGACUAACUAAUUUUCUGGCGUUAGGUGGCGGUAAAUUUGAAUUAUUACAGAGAAAACUAAUAUAAUUGCAAUAUUUCCCAAAUACACAAAAUAUUGUUAUGGUUACCCAGUGCUACAGAUACACAGGGUGAAUAAGAUAAUGUUGAAUUUUUAGACGGCCAACAUAUCUGGUCUGGAUAUAACUAAACUUCUGUUUUUUAAAAUGAAACGCCCUGCAUGUUUUUUUAAAUAAUUUUAUGCUUGUUAUUAGCUUUAAAAAGAUAUAAGAUAUAAACCAGCGCAGGCAGACUAAAUUCAAGAGAGGAGCUUUAAGAAAAAGGCGAACAAUAAUAAAUAAAAAUUGGAUAGUUUUCGAAUUUUAUGGAUCCAUCACGAAUUUAUCCUGAUCAAUAAAUACCCCCAACGUUCUACCCAAUUUCAACUAUUCCAACUGGUACAGAUAUAGAUGGAAACGCAAAAAUCCCUCACUCUCUAUUAUUAGUUGAUGCAGACAAAAUAUUUACGUCCGUAGAACAAAAACAGAAAUGCACAUCUAAACUCCGUAUCUGCUCGGUGGUAAUGCAAAAAUUUCAAAUGCCAAAUAUCAAACAAAAAUGUUCCUAACCAUUUUGGUAAAUUUCAUACCUAAAACUAAACACAAUUGUCAAUAUCAAAAAGUUCGAAUACUGGCAACGUUGCUGCCAGUGGCUCCGGGUUUCGCUGACAUUUAGUUAAAUAAAUAUAUUGAAAAACGCACAUUGGUAACGCAAAGGCAUAGACCGGUUUGUUUAGUCUGUGAUGGCGGGUAAAUAUUCAUUGGCGUACGUUUUUUAUUUUUAAAAACUUUUUUGUUUGAAUGGAGUAUAUAAUCUUAGCAUGCAACUUUUGACUUCCUGGCUUUAGUACAUUUUUCGCGCAAUUCUCGGCCAAAUUAAAAAAAACAAUCUUCUGCUGAGAAUAUUUCUUCGCCCCUAUCGAUAUGAAUAAAAGCUUUAGGUAAAAUCUUCGUUCCUUCUGUUCCGCGGUUCUUAAAAAUAUUAUGUAUUCCAUCAAGAUUAAGUUUGUCCAGAGGCGAUUAUAGAGAUAAAAACUGGCAACUCCGCAAGUCAGAUCUGUGAUUGUGAUGUGUCAUUUAGCUUUAGCUUUUUAAACUUCAAUGUCUUGUAAGUAUUGCAACCUAUCAGGAAUAUAAGAAAUUUGAUAACUUUUUGAAUAGCGAUUUAGUCAUUUUAGUUUUCUCGUUUUUUAUACCAUAGAAGGGGAAAUUGGCUCACCUAGGAAUUUCAGUUAUUUGAAAAAAUAAUUUUAAUAUAUCAAUGACCAAAAAACUACUUUGAUAGGUUAUAUUAUCAAAGUUUCUUUUUAUUUUUACUCUAAUGACCAUGAUAGCUAAGAUCAUUCGACCAAUCUUAUCGUAAUAAAGUUGAAACCAUAAACUUCAAAUGGAAAUGGAAAUGGAAAGAAUUUCAGUGUAUGCACGGGCAUAUUUAUUAAGCCAACCUUCCACACCGACGAAAACCGAAAGUUAGGUUAGGUACGCGCCUCAUCCUAUUUAAAUAAAGUCCAACGCGUGACCGUAGAUACCCAGCCACCUUCGAUGGAAAACCGGUCGAAUGAGAGAACAAACCCAACGUAACACAUUUACACGCGCACACACACACACCACUAAAAUUAUAAAUUUAAAUGCGAUGAGGGGCUCGCGCUCCAACUCAACCCAUGUGGGUAAUACAUAUUAUAUUGUAUGGUACGUCUUACGCCCAUGCUAUAUAUGCUUAUUAUACAUACAUAUAUAUAGGUAGGUACGUAUACGGUCCGUGGCUGAUUGCAAUGCAAAUCGCUCGGUGAAACAAUAGACAAAAAGAGAAACAAUUAACGAGACCCAUCGCGAUGGAAACGAAAACCAUUGAGAAUGGGCAAGGCGGAGAAAGCAGGAUGUCGAGAUAAAAGUGUUUUUUUUAUCGGGUUCUGUUGCACACGCACACCUCUGUAACCGUCGAGUAGUACACUGAACGUAAGUUAGUUGCGUCCGUAGCUGACGGCAGAAACAUUUAAGUCAACUUAAACCACAAAUGUAGACAAAUUUGUCCUGUGAUAAACAUUUCGCAUUCCACAUCUCUAAUCUUCAAAAAAUUUAACCACUAACUAAAAAUUUAGCGCUGACGUGGCGACUAUCGUCACCAGCGUGCUGUCACUCAUUAGCAAACCUUUUAACUAAAAUUGAACCGUAUCCCUGUGUCGUGUACUUUUCUAUCUAUAAUCUGCGAUCCGGAUCGACACAACUACACGUGUACUGGCAAUGUUGUCGAUUACUUUUUGUGGGACCGCACGCAACACACGCUCCAAUCAAAAGUUUUUAUGCUCCGCGUUUGUAUAAUAAUUGCACACCUGAACAUGCGAGAUCACGAACGUAUUCGCCGCCAGUUACGUCUAAAACUUUUUCGUCGAAUUUCACGCGACGCACAAUGGGACCGGAAAUGGGUGGCUGUUUCUUUUUUUUGUUGGUGCCGUGUUUUUUUAAAAGCAAAUUGCUCUCUUUUAACCUUUAGAUUGGCAUAAUAGUUAGGAUAAUCUAACAUAACCAAAACUAACCCAAGUAUAGGUUAUGUUGGCAACGUAGAAAAUGAAUUGAAUGAUGACGGACCAUAACGUUGGCGCAAAAAAAGGAAAAGGUGUAAUUUUUGUUUUCCGUCACCUUUGAAAAGGAACCCUUUCAAAUAACGCACGGUAAUGGUGUAUGUGAUUACGUGAACACCUUGUACCCAACACUUAUUAAUUAUAAUCACUAAUAUAUUUAUAUUAAACAAAAUUUAUUGACCGGAAAUUAUCAUAAAGCGGAGACUGAACGGGUCCGCAGACGUAAAAAAGACUGUUGAAAAUUAGAUUCAAUACACUUUGCCGGUUCGUAGGCUGUUUUUGCUACAAUGAAUAAGCAUAAUAUUAAUUCGAAGGUGUAAGUAACAGUAACAGUACUCGAAUUUUAAUGUAAAAGUUGUUCUAACCGCGUUAUGCAACGACCAGGCAAUAGGUAGUCGGCUAUUAUUGCACCAGUGAUCUUCGAGGCAUAAUAUCCUCAAAAUUAAUUUGAUCUCGUUUCUCUUGUGGUCUGUCGUUCGUUCUCGCCGGGACACAGAAUAGAUUAAAUGUCAAAAUGUCGCGGGGAGGCCAAUCCGUCUCGACCCGUAGGUAAUCUAAGUUUCAUUAACCCGUUUGUCCGUUUUUUCACCUCGAGUUAUCUGAUAUCAUACAAAUUAACGAUUAGUAUUCAGAAAAACGGCCUCGCAUAGUUUCAGGAAAAAUAUCCGGGCGACGAUCUAUCGGAUGCGUUUUACAUGUUAAUGGUAUUCAGUGGUAUGUAUAAUCAGAGAAAUAUAUUUAAAUAAUUGUCCCGAAUCCUAUAAGCAGUGUACGAUAAUUUCCCCAUUAAAUUGGCGGUUAUUUUGAGGAACUGCGCCGAGGUUAUAGCCAUCUUGGUACAGGUGUUGAAUAUUUAUGGGUAUCACAAAAAAGAGUGAAUAUUGAUAAUUAAUUCUUACAAAACGAAAUCGAAAACCAUGGUGGGAAAAUAACUUUGUUAUUUCCUGGAAGAUCCUUUCGGUAUAUAAAAACAUUUGUUCUUGGUUUUCUAAUGAUAGUCAAAUAUUUUACUUAUAAUUAUAUUACUAAUAUAAUUUUAAAUUGAGGAUCUAUUUAACAGACUUACUUUAUGCUGCUUAAUUUUAAUUCGCCAUUCUUCGAAGUUUUAAUGUGUCCCUCGACCGCAAACGAUACCCUACAAAUGAAAUUUAACGUUUUCAAUGCACUGAUUUCGUUGUGCAAAUUCUAAAUUCGGUUUGGCCGAUAUACGUCAUAAACGACACAACUUAGACUGGUGCCGUAUUUCGUAAAUUACGACUGUCGCACAUAUCGUGGGGGUUGCCGUUUAUGACGCAUUAAUUUGGCAAUCAUGAUGCGGAAUAAGCGUGGACCAUAAAUACGUCGCAAAUGAAAAUCGUUUGGAGACUGACCAAAAGAGUUCUGCCUUUUCCUAUAAUUGUGAUUUUUAAAACGGAACGGUACGCCAACAAAGCUGAUUGCCAUAUGUAUUUAGGCAAGUUAUCGAAGCUUACAUUUUCAUCUGUGAUGAAACAGUUAUACCGUUUGGUCUUUCUAACUCAGUGUCACAGUUAAGUUCAUUUAGGAUGUUUUUAGACGAACUGCUGUAUUUUCUACGACGCAUGAUUUAGAAUGCUUGUACAUUUUUUCUACGUCAUCAAACAACGUUAUUUUAGGACGGCGAAAGGGUAGCUAAAACUUAACCGCAGUAGUUGAAAGAAUAAUGUAAAUGAAUUUAAAAGUAUGUUAUAUCCCACACAUCAAGAUGCCUUUAAUCUGUGCUGUAAUAUUUUCGAAAACGUAUUUUAAUCAACAUAAAAGCGCUCGCUGCAUGUAUUUUGGUAUUUAAAAAAUUUACUACGCACCUAUUCUAUUGUUAUUACCGCAUAUUGAUAAUUGA